AUGAAGGACGAAAUUACAAGUGCCGCAGAAUUCUUGACAGGCCUUUUGAAAUCUAGCAAGGUAUCGAAAGAAACUGUCGAAAAAUUCCACAACAUUUUAGUCCAGAUAUUGUGUAAUCGUUUUCAUAAUCAUUGGUUUCCAGAAAAGCCAUUCAAAGGGUCCGGGUACAGAUGCAUCCGAAUCAAUCACAAAAUGGACCCUGUCAUUAAGGAAGCCGGAGAAGCCAGUGGACUCCACGAUUCCAUCUUAAAUACCUACCUACCACGAGAACUCACAAUGUGGAUUGAUCCCAGGGAUGUGUCUUAUAGAAUUGGUGAAAAUGGAAGCAUCGGAAUGCUG